AUGGAAUCGCAGCUGCCUGCUACCACUGAACGUGUCAUUCGUGACAGUCCUCUCCCUCCUGACCCGGAAUGUCACACCGUUUUCAACCCGCCUCAAUGGACUACCUUGCUAAGCAUUGCUGAUACCAUCAUUCCCUCCAUUCGUCGAGCCAAGUCUGCCGUCCCUGCUCGCCAUCAGGUUGUCGCAGACCCAUCAUAUGAUGCUGGGAUCAGCCAGCUUGUCGGUCCCUUGAACGACCCUGAUCGAACAGCACUUGCUGAGAAUUACCUUGAAGAGAAUGCCGUCGCUCUCCCAGGCUUCAAGCAAGGCCUCUGUCGAACUAUUGCGCUGUAUGUGCCACCAAAUACACGGCAGGAACUUCUGAAGCUACUUUCAUUGCUCAAUAAUUCUGCCUUUUCUUUCAUUACUACUGGCUCAGCCACUCCAUUCCACCUGCAACCCCUUGAGAUCCGCCAGUCAAUUCUUCGCAGCUGGGAAACCUCCUAUUUAUCGGCACUUCGCCGUGCGCACCGCUCGCUUGUCGCAUUAUGUCAUAGAUCAUGGAUCGCAUCGAGCCCUACGUUGCCCUUAAUCCUAGGAAUGCCACAGGUUCCUAUACACGGUAAAAUGACACGAGGAUAUCCAUAUACUUUCAUUCAGGUUCCUCCUGGUGAAAACCCUGAGGUUAUUGACACUGAUGUUGUCAUUGUGGGCAGCGGAUGUGGCGCCGGAGUUGCGGCAAAAAAUCUUGCCGAAGCUGGCUAUCGUGUUAUUGUUGUUGAAAAAUCUUAUCAUUUCUCUGAAGACCAUUAUCCUAUGUCUUGCUCGCAAGGACUGGUUCAUAUGUAUGCUAACGGUGGUGCGGAGAUUUCUGACGACGGUUCAACCACGAUCAUCUCCGGCUCUACUUGGGGCGGCGGUGGUACAGUCAAUUGGUCUGCCUCCCUUCAAACCCAGUCCUUUGUUCGCCAGGAAUGGGCCAAGUCAGGUCUUGACUUCUUCACAUCUACGGCGUUUCAAAAUUCUUUGGACCGCGUUUGCGCCUGCAUGGGUGUUUCGACUGAUCAUAUUCAUCAUAACCCCGGCAACAAGGUAAUUGUCGACGGUGCGCGUAAACUCGGCUACACCGCAAAAUCUGUUCCUCAAAAUACUGGAAAUAAGGAGCAUGACUGUGGGUACUGCGGCAUGGGUUGUCAGUCCUCGGUCAAGCAGGGCCCAGCUGUGUCAUUUCUUGCUGAUGCCGCCCGAGCGGGCGCUACUUUUAUCGAAGGCUAUGAAGUUAAGCGGGUGCUAUUUGGCCGGCAUACUUCCAAGGGUAAAAAGGUCGUUGCUGGUGUCCAAGGCAUCUGGAGAUCUAGAGAUUCCAAUGGCAUGACAUCGGCGGACCCUGUUGUUAAAAGGCAACUGAUAAUCAAAGCCAGGAAAGUCGUAGUUUCCUGUGGUUCUUUGCAGUCGCCCUUGCUUUUACUUCGUAGUGGCUUGAAAAACCCUCAAAUCGGUCGCAACUUAUAUCUCCACCCAGUUACCAUAACUACGGCAGUCUAUGAGCAAGAAACGCGGCCAUGGGAAGGCAGCAUUUUGACAUCACUUGUUAGUGAUUUUGAAAACCUUCAUGGCACGGGCUAUGGCACCAAAAUUGAGUCUAUAGCGAUGUUACCCUCCUUUAUUCUCCCAAUUUUUGCCUGGAGAAACAGUCUUGACUAUAAGCUGAUGGCGGCCAAUCUCCGCUAUAUGAGUGGCUUCAUCAGUCUUACACGGGACAAAUAUCCGGGUGCCGUUUAUCCCGAUCCUGUUGACGGUAGAUGCAGAAUCACAUACACACCUUCUUCUCAUGAUAGGAAAAAUAUGGUUGAAGGCGUCAUUGCCAGUGCUAAGAUAGCGUACAUAUCUGGCGCAAAGGAAAUUCGCACAAGCUGCCAUGCAAUCCCGCCGUUUGUUCGUUCCAAAAACGAUACCGGAGGAUCCACCGAACAAGGAAUCAAUGAUGCGGCCUUCCAAGCCUGGAUCAAACAGUUCCAGCGAAAUGAUCCCCUUCCAUUAUGGGGCACAUCCUUUGCCAGUGCGCACCAAAUGGGCACCUGCCGUAUGGAUACGUCACCCAAGAACGGCGUUGUUGAUCCGCUAGCCAGGGUCUGGGGUACUGAUGGUCUGUAUGUUAUGGAUGCUUCCAUAUUCCCAAGUGCAAGUGGCGUCAACCCCAUGGUAACCACCAUGGCGAUUUCAGAUUGGGCAAGCCGUCGCCUUGCGGAAGCAAUCCAAAAGGAGAACUCAAUUGUAUCUUCUCGCCUUUAA